AUGCCUCAGGAUAUGCCCCCCGUUGGGGGCUACGGGCCAGUGCAGUACAAGCGUAACAUCCCCGCCCGUGGUUUCCGCCCUAUCACCUACCUCGUCGGUAUGCACCUUUUAAUGGGCUACGGCUACUACAAGCUAUUCCACGGUAUCCGCGAACAAAAUGAACUUGCCCGCGAAAAGGUCUGGGGCCGUCUCCACAUCCUCCCUCUCCUCCAGGCCGAAGAGGACCGUGACCAGGUCCGUCGUCACUUCGCCGACAAGGCCCGCGAGAAGGAGCUCUUGGGCUCUGAGUCCAAGGUCUACAACACUGAGCGCUUCGUCCGCCCUACCUUCGUAUACACACCCACUAAAGUCACUCAAUAA